GGCGCUGCUCUCCUUCUGCUCCGCUUCUAAAGUAUCCGCUCUUCCUCUGGGGGUGAAAGGACACAACCAGCCGACAUGACAACACUAAGACCUUUUAACUGCGAUGAUCUGUUUAAAUUCAACAACAUCAACCUGGACCCAUUGACCGAAACUUAUGGGAUCCCCUUCUACCUGCAGUACCUGGCUCACUGGCCCGAGUACUUCAUCGUAGCCGAGGCUCCUGGAGGGGAACUCAUGGGCUACAUCAUGGGGAAGGCGGAGGGAUCUGUGGCGCGGGAGGAGUGGCACGGUCACGUCACCGCUCUGUCUGUGGCGCCCGAGUUCAGGAGACUAGGCCUCGCUGCCAAACUCAUGGAGAUGCUGGAGGAGAUCUCCGAGAGGAAGGGCGGGUUCUUCGUGGACCUCUUCGUGCGCGUCUCUAACCAGGUGGCGGUGAACAUGUACAAGCGCCUGGGCUACAGCGUGUACCGGACGGUCAUUGAGUAUUACUCCGCCAGCAACGGGGAGCCGGACGAAGACGCCUACGACAUGAGGAAGGCUCUGUCCAGAGACACGGAGAAGAAGUCCAUCAUCCCGCUGCCUCAUCCCGUCCGACCGGAGGACAUCGAAUAACAGACGGUGGCUCUCUGGCGCUGCUGAUUAAUCACACGCUGGUUACAUAGAAUCACAGCUUCACUGUACAUAUUUAAAAAUGCUUCCACUUGUUUGAAGUCAGAGAGCCACACGUUUUAAUUCCCACAGGACAGAUGAUUACUGUAAAGGAACAUUUUCUUAAGAAAUCACAGAGACGGGUUGAAAAUACGUUUGUAUAAUGCAGAAAACAUGGACAUACAAUAAAGGUUGCUCAUGA